AUGCGUUUGCUUACGUCCAUAUCGAUUGGAGCCUUUGCGGGCGCAGCCGUUGCUGCAGCCCAGUCCAGCCUCCAAACAGUGUAUACCAAAGAAGCGGCUGAGCACAAUGAGAAUGCACCAACGCCGACUGCUGCCUUGGAACUGAGGAAUGCGGAUGCGGCGGUCACAACAAUCGUUUCUCCUCCUACGUUCCAAGUCACUCUCUGUCCACAACCAACCGGAUUGCCUGCGGCGAGGUUUAAGACAGCGCCCGGCAGCCUGUAUGGAUGCCAUCCUGGAUAUGUUUGCAACCUCCCCAAGCCAGAGGGAUGCAACUUCUGGCCAGGACCUCCCCCAAGCGACUUUAUAUGCCCGCCUGAGUUUUGUAUGGUGGCUCCUCCUUUCAAAGUUCCGGAGUGGAAUGGCAAGCCGGGCUACUAUCCGCCCCAGUUUGGUUAUUUCAACCUGAACCCAGAAGAUUUUGGACUGUCCUACGACAUCUUCGAGUACAGCGUUGUUCGAAAAGCAUCGAGUGGGCGCACAUCGACUUACACGACUGGCAACUGGGAGUCCCAAUCCACCUUGACAGACGGACCAGUGCAAACGCCCCCGCCCUCAUACAGGAGACGUUAUAGCCCGACCAAGCCCCAAGAUCACCGGAGGGCCAUCAACCACUCAAAGCGCGCUGAUACCCUACCGUCAGCAUGCUUUGCACUGUGCGAUAAGCCAUAUAAGAUCGUUCAGGAGGACGGCAUGAUCCCGGCACUGUGCGAUCCCGGAUCUGACUUUGAGACUGCGUUAGAGGGCUGUCGUGUGUGCGUUUCCACUGGGUUGGGUAUCCCGAAGGAUCAAGUGGCACCGCUCCUAAACCAGACGUUACAAGACACCAUCGCCUUCUGCGAUGGACAGGGAACGACGCCUACGCAGUCGACAACAUCGGGGCCCGAGUCACAAGUGACGACGACGCCUACGCUGGGAACUAGCUCGCAAGUCUCUGCAAGCGACACGUCCUUUAUUGAAUCAACAACUUCGAGCUCCGUGCAAUCGACUACUAAGCAGUCCACUACCGCACCUCCUUCUCCUCCUACAAGCUCAAGCAGCCCUCCUCCAACCAGCUCAAGCAGCCCUCCCCCAACCAGCUCGUCUCAGCCACCAAGCUCUACGCCUCCGACAUCGUCCUCAUCGCCGCCGCCGCCGCCAACUUCUUCGACGUCCAGCUCCUCCACGCCGCCUCCUGCAUCUUCUACACCACCUCCUGCAUCUUCUACGCCGCCACCUGCAUCCUCUACUCCCUCUUCAUCGCCGCCAUCAUCGCCUCCUCCUUCAAGCUCAGCUUCGUCUGCCAGCAGCGCCUCUGGUUCAGCAUCAUCAAGCGCACCCACAUCGGGAUCUGCCUCUUCUGAAACAGGUACGGCAUCCAAUAGUGCUAGCAGUGAAACGGGGUCAACGUCGGCGUCCGCAUCGUCAUCGGCGUCGGCCUCGAAUGGUGCUUCUGCCACCGGUCCAUCAGCCUCCUCACCCACCACGGGGGAGACUGGAGCCGGAUCCUCCUCGACAGGUACUAAUUCCCCAACCGGCGCCGGUUCUUCGACUGGCGUCGGCUCCCCAACUGGUACCGGUUCCCCAUCCGGCACCGGCUCCCCCUCGGGAACUGCUGCCGGAACAGGCACCACUGUCGGGACUGGUGCUGGUGGCUCGACUGCUGAGGCUGGUACCGGCUCCCCAACCGGAGGCGCUACCGGGACAGAGCCUCCUUCAGUGACAGGAUCUGCUACCGAAACGGGCACUAACGGCUCAACAGGCUCCUCGUCCCCCCCGACGGGAUUCUCUUCUCCCGGGCAACUGGAAAGGGCAAGCUCAACCGCUGCUGGAAACAACGGCGGUGGUGCUGGCGGUGCUGGACCAACUGGAUCGCCCGGCGGCGGAGGCAACCCCGGCGGCAAUCCUGGUGGCAACCCCGGCGGCAGCGGCGGUGGUUCUGGCGGAGCCACGGGAACAGGCCCUAUCACUUCACCCACGAGUGGGCUGCCGCCGAUCCCGAACGACCUCUCGCGGGCAAGUGAGAACUUUGGUCUCCUAAUUGCGGCUCUUAUGGGCCUGUUGUUGGUGUAA